AGCGGUUCUGUUCUCUCUUCUGGUCUGCUAUUCGUACCCGGCUUGGCUGAUUGUCGGUGUGCAGACUGGCUGCCUGCGGCCAGGCCAGGCCAGGUAUUGCCAGGCAGGGCGCUCAUCGGUCCUGGUUUCUUCUUCUCGCCUUCUUCGUCCGAUCAUCAACUGAACACAUUGAAACUCACCCCCGUGCCCACAUCGUGGAUCCGAAGCAGGGUCAAGGGCGCUAAACCUUGUCCCAUCAGCGGGUACCUGGGCCAGACCAGGCACAGGCACAGGCUCCAGGGCCCCCCUCGGCCCCUCCUCCUAGCCAGACUCCUCCUGAACAGAACUGAGCCCGUUGGAUUGGGCCGUUUGAAUUUUACCUACAGGUGA